AUGUCUGAUGAUGAUGAUUUCAUGCAAGAUUCGGAUCAGGAGGGAUAUGAUUUUGAAUACGAGGAAGACGACGAUGAAGAGGGCGGCGAUGUCGAUAUUGAGAACAAAUACUACAAUGCCAAGCAAAUGAAGGCCUCCGAUCCGGAAGCAGCCAUCGAAGAGUUUCUGGGAGUACCGGCAUUGGAGAAGGAGAAAGGCGACUGGGGCUUCAAAGGUCUGAAGCAGGCGAUCAAGUUAGAGUUCAAGCUCGGUCUAUACGAUAAGGCCGCUGAACAUUAUGCCGAACUCCUCACCUAUGUCAAAAGCGCCGUCACGCGAAACUACUCAGAAAAAUCCAUCAACAACAUCCUUGAUUACAUUGAAAAGGGCUCUGAAGAUGACAGGGCUAGACACUGUAUGGAGGAGUUCUAUUCCAAGACCCUAGAAUCCUUCCAAAGUACCAACAACGAACGACUGUGGUUGAAGACCAACAUCAAAUUGGCAAAGUUGUUCCUGGAUCGAAAGGAUUAUGGCGCCAUCACAAAGAAGUUAAGAGAGUUGCACAAGGCCUGCGAGCGUGAGGACGGUUCAGAUGACCCAAGCAAAGGCACAUACUCGUUGGAGAUCUACGCCCUGGAAAUUCAAAUGUACGCGGAGACGAAAAACAACAAACAACUAAAGCGACUGUACGAACGUGCUCUAAAGGUCCGAUCAGCAGUACCGCAUCCAAAGAUCAUGGGCAUCAUUCGAGAGUGUGGUGGCAAGAUGCAUAUGAGCGAAGAGAACUGGAAGGACGCACAGAGCGAUUUCUUCGAAUCCUUCCGAAACUACGACGAAGCUGGUUCUCUGCAGCGCAUCCAAGUACUAAAAUAUUUGGUCCUUACCACGAUGUUGAUGAAGUCCGAUAUCAACCCUUUUGAGUCGCAAGAGACCAAGCCUUACAAGAAUGAUCCCCGCAUUGCAGCAAUGACCGAUCUCGUCGAUGCGUAUCAGAGGGAUGACAUCCACCAAUACGAGUCCGUGUUGAACAACAAUAAGGAUCUGAUGUCUGAUCCCUUCAUUGCCGAGAACAUCGACGAAGUCACCAGAAACAUGCGUACCAAAGCCGUCCUCAAGCUCAUUGCACCAUAUACCAGGUUCAACCUCGCGUUCAUCGGCAAGGCACUGAAGAUCCCCGUUUCGGAGGUCCAGGAUAUCCUGGGCUUCUUGAUCGUCGACAAGAAAGUCAAGGGCAAGAUCAACCAGCAAGAUGGCACUGUUGAGAUCGAGGACAACAGCGACGCGGAGCGGCUCCGAGCCAUGCAAGAGUGGACCUCAGCCAUUGGGUCUCUCUGUAGAACAGUGUUCUCCGAUGGGGAGGGCUUCAAGAUGCCCGACGUCCAGCAGAUCGGUGACGACAAUGUCGCGCUGGCGGCCUUUGGCGGCGGCGGGGGUCCCGCAAGGGGUGGAUUUGGAGGUAUGCAGAAGGGCAAGAACAAGGGGAAGAAGACGUCAGGCACGGCAGGCUUGCUCUUCAAUUAA